AUGGAUCUAUCCGAAGAUGGAAUUCAACAUCUGGUAUCGGAGAUCAAGGACCAUCAAUUGAUCCACGGCUCGCUUCUUAAGCUCGUGAAAUACGAAGAGCUUUCCACCGUGCCAGCGAGACCAGUGGGCGUGAGCAUGGUCUCUACGCCAUUCCCUCACCGAAGUUUCCAGGAAGCCUUCUCUCUUCAGCCAAUCUUCAACGAACUGUACCUUCGGGCAGCAGGCAAUGAAGUCUGGCUGUACUCGGUACUAGGUCCUCUACUGAAGCAUGACGCUUUCUUUGCCUCUCUCUGGGACGUGUUUACCGCAGUCAAGAGAGCGGGCGUCGUGCAGCAAGUCUGCUGUGGAAUUUUCCGAUCAGAUUACAUGGAUCACCAUGGACCGACAUACAAAGGCAUCAAGCAAGUAGAAAUGAACACGUUCUCCGUAGCCGGAGCAGCCCAUGCAGACCGCGUGAUCAAAAUGCAUCACCACUUGGACAGGAUAGGCGCUCCCGGUCAUGUAGGUUUGGGCGACUGGCGGCACGGCUACGGCUUUCCCCAAAAUGUUCUCCACUGCAGCAGUCCGCUGACCAUUGAAAUACGAAUAGUCCAGAUAUUCUAAUAGCGAACGGCUACCAAAUAGGACUUCCAACGUCCAGGCGAUCGUAGAGUGCUUGACGGAAGCCCAUCGGUUGCACGAUGCAGAGAACCCGGCCAAAUCGUGCGUUCUCAUGGUAGUACAACCACGGAACUUCAACAUUGCGGACGAGAGACCCAUAGAGUAUGGGCUGUGGGACGAAAAUGUGCCUUGCUUUCGAUGCGAGUGGCAGGCUGUCCUUGAAUCAACUAUCUUGACUGAAGAGCGUAUACUUUUCUUCGAUUCACCACACCGCAGGCGGAUGGAAGUCAGUGUUAUCUACUACCGCGCAGGCUACGAAGCUGAGGAAUACGAUGAGCUUGGCAAGCAGACAAGACUCCGGCUCGAACUCUCCAAAGCCAUCAAGUGUCCUGAUGUCUUGACACAUUUGACGACUUUCAAAACUGUACAGCAGGCCCUCUGUUCUCAGGACGCAGUCAGACGCUUCCUCCCGGCCGAGCAGGCGGUACAAAUUGCCAGGACCUUCAUGGAGAUGCAUGUCCUGGACAAUACAGCUGAAGGUGAAAGGGUACGCCAAUGGAUCGUCGACCCUGAGCAUGCCCAAAAUUACGUCCUGAAGCCGAACCUAGAAGGCGGUGGCCAUAACGUUUUUGGCGAGGACAUACCCGAUUUCCUCUCUACUAUCCCGAAAGGCGAAUGGAAUCGCUACACUGUGAUGCGAAUGAUCCGGCAACCAGACUCAGAAGGACUUCUGAUGAUGCCUGCAGACUUGUAUCAAGGUCCUGUCGUGAGUGAGCUGGGAAUUCUUGGAACCUGCAUUUGGAAACGAAAAGGUGACGAGGUUGAGGUGCUUCGAAACGCAGCGGCUGGAUUCACGUUCAAGACGAAGCCGUCGGAAGUUCAGGAAAUGUCUGUUGUGAAGGGAUAUGGUUGUUUUGACUGUCCGCUGUUGUAUGAUCCGUAG